AUGGCUUCGUCCAGCAGCAGACUCCUCACAGCCGCCAUCCUGCUCUCCGUGCUCGCAGCCGCCAGCGCGAGCGCCGGGAGCUACUGCGUGCCGGGGUGGGCCAUCCCGCACAACCCGCUCCCGAGCUGCCGCUGGUACGUGACCAGCCGGACCUGCGGCAUCGGGCCGCGUCUCCCGCUGCCGGAGCUGAGGAGGAGGUGCUGCCGGGAGCUGGCGGACAUCGUGACGUACUGCCGGUGCGCGGCGCUGAGCAUCCUCAUGGACGGCGCGAUCCCGCUGGGCCCGGACGCGCAGCUGGAGGGCCGCCUGGAGGACCUGCCGGGCUGCCCGCGGGAGGUGCAGAGGCGCUUCGCCGCCACCCUCAUCACCGAGGCCGAGUGCAACUUGUCCACCAUCAGCGGCGUCGCCGAAUGCCCCUGGAUUCUCGGCGGCGAGCAAACGGUGCCCUCCAAGUAA